GAAUACAACAACCAAAUUACCAAACCAAGUUAAUCAAUUUGAUUAAUUAGUUAUUCAUGUUAACCAUUAUAGCAUACCAAUUUUCAUUACAUGAGAAAAAAUCUCCCAUAAAUGCAUCAAUUCAUAAUAAAUGAUGAAUAAAACAUAAAAAUUAACUCAUAAUUAAUCAUUAUGCAACUAAUAUAAUUAACUUACAAUCAUUAGAAGUAGUCACCUAUAUAAAAAAUGCUAAUGGUAUGGGAUGAUAAAUUUGGUAUGCUAGUAUGAAUUAUUUGUGCCUAAAAUGUACUACACGGUUAUGGGGCCCCGAUCUGGACUCCCUCGUCCGAUCUCCACGGGAGUGGAAGAACCUGUGAGGCGAGGGGCGGCCCCCGGGAUCUACGCUCCGACGCCCAAGUUAGUAUAGGGAUGGCAAUGGAUCGGGUCGGGGACGGAUAGUGCAUAUCCGUUAUUGUACCCAAAGUAGUUCGGGUUUUACCCAUACCCAUACCCACAUGUGAAACGAGUAGAAAAUUAAAAUCAUGCCCAUACCCGUUCGGGUUUCGGGUAUCCACGGUUAUCCAUGGGUAAUGAUUUUUCUUCAUAACUAUAACCAAUAUGUUAACAUUCACACGUAUUCUCACAUUACGUAAGAAAACAAGUACGGCAAUAAUUCACUAGAAUGAAGAAAAUUAAUUAAAACAACACAAUUUCAUGAAAAUGUUGUAUUUAUAUGCUAAAUAUAAAAUAUGUUAGAGAAAAAAAUGAUUAUUUCUAGAAAGAAUACAUAUGCAUGUGUAUAAUCAGGCGGGUUCGGGUUGGAUAGUGAGAAACCCAUGCCCACCCAUCACCUGCAAUAUUCGGGUUCGGAUUCUACCCAUACCCACUAAAUGUCAUUCGGGUUCGGGUUCUACCCAACCCGAUUAGGUCGGAUUCGGACGGAUAUCCACGGUUACGAAUAUUUUUGCCAUCCCUAAGUUAGUACGAUAUAAGAGAAUGUAUGGUAUGUAGAGAGAUAAAGUACAGAGAGAGACCUUAGGGGAAAGUGAGGAAGAGAAAGAGAGGAUCCUUAGUUUGGAGGGUUAGGCCUCCUUAUAUAAGGUUUGGGCUUCCUUGAGUGGUCUUGGGCCUAGGACGCCUUGCAGUGGGCUUGGACCCGUUUAUAGUCGUGUAGGCAUAUUAAUCCAUAUCCCAACACUUAAGGAGCCGUAAAACCCUUCCCUCUCAGGUUCUCAUAAAAAACGUCGUUUGCUGAACAUACCAUUUUCCUAUUUCUUCAAACUUCAAACCAUCAUAACUUUUAACUUUGCUUAUCCAAUCAUUGCCAUUUUUUUCUGUAUAUUUUCCAGGUUCGUUCGUUGGUGUCCUCCGUGAUCCAUAUUGUUUUGAAGGUGGUUUGCUUGGUUUGUUGCGUUCGCCCGUGAUCCAAAUUAUUUACAAUAUGAUUCGCUGAUUCGAUUGCAAUCCGAGCGAUUUGAAGUAGAUCACUUUAGUGUCAAGCAAAACAGGCAUUGAUUCGCUUGACACCAAAACAAAAUACUCCAAACUCUAUUGUGAGAUUUUUUUUUUUGUUAACCCUAAACUUUUUGAAUUUCCCCCCCUUAUAACUGUGAGCAUCUCCAUGCUUCUGAUUCACUUCAUUUGCAUGCUACCAAACAAAUUAAGAUUUAUAAGGAAACCGUCAUUUAUUGCUAUAGGUGUUGUCCUCCUUCACGUAAACCUCCAUAUUACUGAAGCCCACGAGCCCAUACGUGCCACCAGCUCAUUAAUGGGCCCACAAAUUUUGUCAGUGGAUAGGAUUAAGAAAUAAUUAAUGUCGGCUAAACCGCCAGCUCAUUGGCUAUGUUACCUAAACAUUUCGCAAGCAGCCAAAAGAUUAAGACUGUUCAAAAGAAAUUAAACCAAAACGGCCCAAAACGGAGAAAACGUAAACGAAACGAACAAGCGAGAGAAGAAGAAGAGUUAAUUGCCAUUUGCCACACACAUGGUGAGUAUUUAGGUUGUCAAACUGGUUUGUGCCAGUGUGCCGAUUUAGCAAGUGGAAUGGUUCGAUCGGUGGUACAUACAGGUUUGUGCCGGUUCAUGUCGGUUAAUAUUACAAAUAAUUUAAAAAUACUCAUAUUUAAAUACGACAUUUAACGUCAGUACCUAAAUAUUUGUACUUGAAUCCAACAAAUAACAUUAACAUUUAACUUUUUAACACAUAAAAUAAAUAAUAAAUUACUUUUUAUCAAUUAAAUUCACUAAGAUAAGAUCAAUUUACUUGGAGAUUCGUAUAUCGAUCAUGCCGGUCAUACCGAUAGAGUCAUGCCGGUCAUACCGAUAGAGUCAUGCCGGUUUUGUGACAAGUACAGGUUGAACCAGGUUCUACCAGUGGCACGCCGGCCGGCGUGACAACUAUGCCAUUUACAAACAAGGCUCUGAAGAUGGCGCCAAUAAAUUCCCACGUGUCGUUCACUGAUAAGUAGAAUAUAUCAGUCCUCGAUCCAGCUGUAGUAAUUAACAAGUGAUUAAUCAAAGUAAUUAACCCUGCUAAACAAAGCAAUAAGCACGUACUAAUCCAUCCAAAGAACACGAGGGGUCAGUCAAGUCAAAGAUUAGCAUCUCUCUGUCCGUCUGCCUACCAAUUUCUCGAAUCCUCCUCCCAAUUCCACCGGCGCUCUCUGGGUAAGAAGAACAAGAAGGAGAAGAAGAAGGUUGAGCUAUGGGGAAGAAGAGCUACUUAGCGAUGAAGAUCGACGGAGGAAGCAGCAGCUUCGGCAGCGACUUAAUCGCCUCCGAUUUCAAGGAGCUGACGGCGGCGGCGAAGAAGCUGGCCAUCCAUGUCGGGAUUGUCGCCGGUUUCGGAACCUCUUUCUUCGAGUGGCUCGCUGCUAUUGCCGCUAUUUAUCUACUGGUGUUGGAUCGAACGAAUUGGAAGACGAACAUUCUCACUGGGUUGCUCAUUCCUUACAUCUUCUUCACCCUGCCUUCUUUCCUCUUCAGCUUCCUACGAGGGGAGUUUGGGAAGUGGGUUGCAAUCAUUGCAGUUGUACUCCGCCUUUUCUUCCCCAGUCGUUUCCCAGAUUGGCUUGAGAUGCCGGGUUCUUUAGUUCUGCUAAUAGUGGUGGCUCCUAGUUUCUUCGCUUCAACACUGAGGGGCAACUGGAUUGGAGUGGCCAUAUGCCUGCUCAUUGCUUGCUACUUGCUGCAAGAACACAUUAGAGCAUCUGGUGGGUUCAGGAACUCAUUCACCAAAGCCCAUGGUGUCUCCAACACCGUCGGGAUAAUCCUCCUCUUCGUUUAUCCAGCCUGGGCUUUGAUUGUUGGUGUCGUCUGAUUCGAUGAUGAUGAUGAUGAUGAUGAAUCCACGGUUCAAUUUCUGCUUAUUAUGUUAGAUCCUCCAUUGAUUCGAGAUCGAAAUGCUUGCAUUGUUUGUAUUGUUGUUUCUCCUUGUUUGUUACUGUACUUACUGUAAUAAA